AUGAGGACCCUCUUCCCCAGCUUUGCCCUCUUGCUCCUCCACUUGUUUCCCAGCUGGGGACAACUGCUGGAGCCUGGGUCUCCUUCGACAUUUCAGUUUACUCGCCCGGUUUACAAUGCCACUAUAUAUGAGAACUCUGCAGCGAGGUCCUACAUCAGGAGUGAGUUUAGAAUGGGGAUCACUCUACCGGAAUCAGAGCCCUGGGAGAUCAAAUACUCAGUUGUUUCUGGAGACGAUGAAGGGCUCUUUCAGGCGGAAGAGUAUGCGUUAGGAGACUUUUGCUUUCUGCGUAUCCGAACCAGUGGUGGGAGCUCUGCUAUCUUGAACCGCGAGGUGCAGGACAAUUACACGUUAACUGUUAGAGCCACCUCGGAAGGUGGCCGAGAGGCGUCGGCGAGAGUUAAUGUGCAAGUACUGGACAUGAACGACCUCCGACCUCUAUUUUCACCUACGGCUUAUACCAUCUCUGUACCUGAGAGCACCCCUGUGGGAGCCAGUGUUGCUCAGGUGACAGCCACUGAUGCAGACAUUGGCUCCAAUGGAGAAUUUUAUUAUUUCUUCAGAGAAGAAGUGGAACAAUUUGCCGUGCACCCUACCAGCGGAGUUAUAUCUCUCACCACAAGGCUGAACGCAGAUGAAAGGAGUCGCUUUGACCUUGAGGUGUUUGCCAUUGAUCGUGGAACAAAAGUUUAUGGAAACACUGGAGUGAGCAGCACAGCUAAGCUAAUCAUCAACAUCAAACGUCUGAAUGAGUUUGCGCCCGUCAUAAAUGCUGUUGCUCUUGUCCCAUCACUGUUGGAUAAAGACCCUGUUUAUGCUGUCGUCACCGUUGAGGACAUGGAUGAAGGGUUAAAUGGGGACAUUGAAUGGGUUGCGAUUAUUGAGGGUGAUCCAUUGGAACAGUUUGUGCUUGACAGAGCAGCAGUUGGGAAUGAGUACAGAGUAAAAAUGUCUGAUCCGGUGGACUGGGAUGUAUUUCCAUAUGGCUGUAAUCUCACCUUUCAAGCUAAAGAUAGAGGCAACCCUCCAAAAUUCUCCAACGUUGAAGUAGUUCAGCUGUUAGUGAAAAAGCCACAGUUGGCUGUGUUGGCCGGGUUUGAAAAAGAAAUGUACAGAGCUACAAUCAGUGAGAUUUCACCACCUGGGAUUUUUGUGGAGACUGUUAGAAUCUCUCCAGUACCGCCAACAGUGAGCUAUAUAUUGAAUCCCUCCCCCGAUUCUGAUUUCUUUAUCAUAAACUCUUUCACUGGCACAAUCUCAACAGCCAAGCAGUUUACUAGUGUAGGACAGGAGCUCUUUGAAUUGGAAGUGACAGAAGAAAUGAGUGGUCUGAGAGCCAAAAUACAGGUCACAGUCGAAGACGCCAACGACAACGCUCCCGUUUUUACCCAGCCGUCUUAUGAAGUCUCUGUUAACGAGAGCGCUCCAAUUGGCACUGUCAUUCUGGUGGUGUCUGCUCAGGACAGUGACAAAGGGGAGAACGGAUACAUAACCUACAGCAUAGCUAGCCUUCAGUCUCUGCCCUUCACAAUUGAUCAGAAUUCAGGAGAACUGAAAAUAGCAAAAAAAUUGGACUUUGAAUCCUCAUUAGAGACUUACACAUUUGCUGUGCGGGCUUCUGACUGGGGCUCACCCUAUAGACGUGAAAAUGAGGUCAAUGUCACGGUUUGGUUGCUGAACAUUAAUGACAACCAGCCUCUCUUUGAACGCGUUGCUUGUAAGGGGGUGAUUUCUCGUGAUUUUCCUGUAGGCCAAACAAUCAUUACUAUGUCUGCCAUCGAUAUAGAUGAGCUCAGUUUAGUUAAGUAUAAUAUAGUUUCUGGAAAUGAGCUGGAUUUAUUCAACCUUAAUCCAGAUUCUGGCAUAUUGUCACUGAGAAGGUCUCUGGCUGGAGUCAAUGUUAAAAAUGGUCUUUUCAGCUUGAAGGUAGUUGCUACAGACGGGGAAAUGUUUUCAGAACCCACUUUUGUUAAUAUAUCUGUUGUGAGAGGGAGAAUGCCACCAAGGAGUUUCAGUUGUAAGGACACAAAUGUUGCACAGAGAUUAGCUGAAAAACUUCUGAACAAAGCAACAGCCAUAGGCAAGUCUAAAAUUGAGGAGGGCUAUACAGACCUGUUUUCGGUCAACAAACAGACUCCUCAGUUUGAAUCACUUCCCUCAGACAUUUUAGUUCGUGAAGAUGUGGCUGUUGGAGCGAAUGUCUACCAAGUGAGUGCAAAAGACGAUGACACAGGCUUUAAUGGUCAGAUCCUAUACACCAUCUCUGAUGGUAACACUGACAGCUGCUUCAAUAUUAACAUGGAAAGCGGAUUAAUAUCGGUUUAUCAGCAGCUGGACCGUGAGAGAACAGACAGAUAUUUCCUUAACAUAACCAUUUAUGACUUGGGCCUUCCACAGAGGUCCAGCUGGAGGCUGUUGACUGUGAACAUUGAAGACGUGAAUGAUAACAGUCCACGGUUUCCACAAGAGAGUUACACAGUGCUGGUGCCAGAGAACACAGCCAUUGGCACGGAAGUCAUCAGGCUCACAGCUACAGAUGGCGACCUCGGUCAGAAUGGUGAAGUCUACUACACCAUAUUAACAAACUCUCCCCACUUUGGUAUUAAUAGCGAGACAGGGGCAGUUUAUGUUUCUGGCCAACUCGACAGAGAGUCCAUCACAGAUUUUACCCUCAAGAUUGAGGCCAGAGAUAAGGCAGAAAGGGGAAACCAGAGAUUUUCAGUGACGACGCUAAAAGUGUAUUUGGAGGAUGUGAAUGAUUGCGCGCCGCUGUUUAUUCCCAGAAGUUAUAGUUGUCGUGUCUUGGAAGACCUUCCACAGGGCACUGUCAUUACUUGGCUGCAGACACAAGACCCGGACCUCGGAUUAGGUGGGAAAGUUAGAUAUUCCUUGCUCAGUGAUUUCAAUGGGACCUUCAAGGUCCAUGCGGAGAGUGGAGCUGUUCGGGUGGGCAAGGAACUGGACUACGAGAAGCAACAGUUCUACAACAUCUCUGUGGUCGCCGAAGACUUGGGCUACCCCAUUCAGUCUCGCUCCGUCUCUUACAUCGAGGUGGAAAUUGUUGAUGUGAAUGAAAACCUGAAUGAGCCUUAUUUUGUGGAUUUUGCAGUGAAGGGCACUGUUAGGGAGAACUCACGCGUUGGGACCAGUGUAGCACAAGUUACUGCAAAGGAUGAUGACAAGGGGAGAGAUGGAGUGAUACGAUACUCUAUCAAAGCUGGAAGUGGUCUUGGGAAGUUUUCUAUUGAUGAGGAGACUGGAGUGAUCUACACCACUGCUGUUCUCGACCGUGAAACUCAAGCCUCUUAUUGGUUGACAGUCUAUGCAACAGACAAAGGGGUGGUUCCUCUGUCUGCCUCUAUCGAAGUGUUUGUCCAGGUGGAGGACAUCAACGAUAAUGCACCGCUGAUACCUGACCCCAUCUAUCACCCCACUGUAAUGGAGAAUUCGCCAAAGGAUGUGUCCGUCAUCCGCAUCCAAGCGUGGGACCCUGACAUAACCGUUUCAGACAGUCGACUCUCUUACAGAAUAACAGCUGGCAAUCCACAGAAUUUCUUUGCCAUCAAUUCCAAGACAGGACUCAUCACUACGACAUCAAGAAAACUAGACAGAGAGCAACAGGCAGAGCAUUUCCUAGAGGUAACAGUGAGGGAUGGAGGAGGCGUGUCCAGACAGUCUACAGCGUGGGUGAUUGUGCAUGUUCAGGAUGAGAAUGACAAUGCGCCGGAAUUCCCCGAAAAAGUAUACCGUAUCAGUCUGCCCGAACGGGAUCGCAAUAAGCGAGGCGACCCCAUCUACAGGGUAUUCGCCUACGACCGAGACGAGGGACCCAACGCUGACCUAACCUACAGCAUUGUGGAGGGCAACGAGGACGGCAAAUUUUUUAUAGACUCCAAAACUGCUAUGGUGUCAUCCAGGAAGAUGGUCACUGCAGGGAGCUAUGACAUCCUGAAGAUAAAAGCAGUAGAUAAUGGCAACCCUCCAAAAUGGUCCACCACCAGUCUGCAUGUUGAGUGGAUCCGUAAGCCAUUACCUUCACCACAGUCAUUGCGGUUCAUUAAACCCAGCUACAACUUUACAGUCCUGGAGAACAUCAAAGUGGCAGAGGUUGUGGGACCGGUCUCGGUCCGACGAACUGACACACCACUGUGGUUUGAUAUCAUCGGUGGUAGGACAUCGCGAGAAAUGUUUUACAUUCCCCAGAGCUCUUGUGUAGGAAACUGUUCUGGUACAGGAAGCUAUGAUGGGGCUACUGAUGUUCAGAGAAGAAUGGGAACCAUUGUCGUAGCUAAACCUCUUGACACUGAGUCUCAGUCACUCUACAACAUGACUGUACAGGUGACGGAUGGGACUAAUACAGCAACCACACAGGUUUACAUCAGGGUAUUGGACAGCAAUGACAAUGCUCCUGUCUUCUCCCAGCCUACAUAUAACAUCUCAAUUUCAGAGGACACACCAGCAGACACAGAGGUUCUUCGGGUUAAGGCAGCAGACGGAGAUGAACGAGCCAAGUUGAGCUACUCGAUACAUGGAAGCGUUGAUCCAACGAGCAUGCGCCUGUUUCGGAUCAAUCCUGGCACUGGUGCUGUGUACACAGUGGAUCGACUGGAUUACGAAACCCAAACCAAGCAUAUCCUCACCAUUAUGGUAAAAGAUCAAGAAUUCCCAUAUUACAGGGAUUUGGCUCGUAUCUUUGUGUCUGUUGAGGAUGCUAAUGACCAGACCCCUUCCUUCACACGUACUAUGUAUGACGGAGUGGCAUUUGAGACUUCCCCAGUGGGGACUUCAAUCCUUCAAGUCACUGCACUGGACAGAGACUCUGGCACGAAUGGGGAGGUGUUGUAUUCCAUUGAAGCAGGCAACACAGGCGGCGCUUUUGGCAUUGAGCCAAUGUCUGGCAUCAUUUGUGUGGCCAGAGAACUGGACCUGACAUCUGUGGGGUAUUACGUCAUCACAGUCCGUGCCACGGACAGUGGUAUCCCUGCAUUAAGCACGACUGCCACAGCUAGGAUUGCUGUUACCUUGUCUGACUUUUCCAGUCCCAAGUUUACCCAGCAAGAGUAUCAAGCUGAGAUCAGUGAGAAUGUAGCAAUAGGCACCUUUGUCACCGCCAACACUGCCAUAAGCCGUACUACGCUCAUUUAUGACAUAAUGCGAGGUGACAACGAGAGAAGGUUUGGGAUCAACCGCUAUACAGGAGUCAUUACAACACAGAGACCCUUGGACUUUGAGGACACUGCUUCCUAUACGCUGGUCAUACAAGCUAUGAACAUGGCUGGGAUAACCUCUAACACCACACUAAACAUCCAGGUUGUAGACCAGAAUGACAAUCCACCAACGUUCACACAGCUUUCCUACACAGGAAGCAUCAGUGAGGCUGCACCCAUUAACAGUGUUGUGAUGAGUGAGGAUGGCAGCCCUCUGGUGAUCCAGGCCAUGGACAGUGACAAGAACCAGAAUGCUCUUCUUGUAUUCCAGAUAGUAGAGGACAUGGCCAAGAUGUUCUUUACUGUAGACUCUGGUACAGGCUCAGUCAGGACCAUUGCCAACUUGGAUUAUGAGACCUUCUCUGAGUUUUACUUCACAGUCAAUGUGAGGGACAGCGGCAAACCUCAGCUGACAGCAGAAAAUCCAGCUGAAGUCAUAAUCAAGGUGACAAAUAUCAAUGACUCACCCCCUAAGUUCUCUCAGGAUGCCUAUGACACAAUCCUGCUUCUCCCCACUUAUGUUGGGGUUGAGGUUUUGAAACCGGAGGCUUCUGACCUCGACAUGAACACUGAUCUCAUUUACUCACUGGCUGACAGCAAUAUGGAGCACUUUGCUAUGGAAUCCACCACCGGAAUUUUAACUGUUAGAAACAACAAGCUGUCUAAAGACCGUUACCGUUUCAAUGUUAAAGCAUCUGAUGGGCGGUUCUCCUGCACAGCUUUAGUGACAGUUCUGGUCAGGGAGGCUAUGGACAGUGGCCUCCUCUUCAGUGAGCCUUUGUAUGCUUCCUCUGUGCAGGAGAAUAACACAAAUAUCACCACAGUGAAUGUGGUCAAUGCAGUAGGGCAUCGCCUCAACGAGCCGCUAAAGUACGCGCUGCUAAAUGCAGGGAGUCGCUUUGCUAUCCGGCCCACAUCCGGGGUUAUCCAGACCACAGGGAUUCCAUUUGAUCGAGAGGAGCAAGAGUCUUAUGAGCUCGUGGUAGAAGCGAGUCGAGAGUAUGACCGUCUUAGGGUUGCAAGGGUAACUGUGUUUGUGCAGGUGGAAGAUGUCAAUGACAAUGCACCUGAGUUUACUGGCCUCCCGUACUAUGCUGCUGUGCAGGUUGAUGCAGAGCCCGGCUCAUCAAUAUUUCAAGUGUCUGCCAUUGACCAGGACAAAGGGAUGAAUGGAGAGGUUUCCUACACUCUGAAAGAGGAGCACAGGCAUUUUGAGGUUGACCGUCUCACUGGCGUACUUACACUCAAAAGGGCCUUUGAUUCUGACUUGUCCAAUGUUGAGUACCCAGUGGUUGUUCUGGCCCGGGAUGCAGGCUACCCCUCCCUCUUCACAGCUGUGGAGGUUCCAAUAACAGUUUUAAACAAAGCAAUGCCCGUUUUUGAUAAGCCUUUCUAUGGAAUAUCUGUUAGAGAGGACAUUGCUGUCUUCACCCCCAUUUUGAGUAUCAAUGCUACCAGCCCUGAAGGUCAAAACAUUAUUUACACUAUUGUUGAUGGGGACCCUUCACUGCAGUUUGACAUUGGUUUUGACAGUGGGGUCAUCACUGUCAUUUAUCCUUUAGACUAUGAGGUCCAAUCCUACUACAGACUAACUGUUAGGUCCACAGAUACACUCACAGGGGCUAGAUCAGAAGUUAAUGUGGAUAUUGUUGUGGUAGAUGUGAAUGACAAUGCACCUGUGUUUGAGAGAUCUACAUACAGUGCUACACUGGCAGAGAACUCAAUGAUAGGAACAGCAGUGAUACAGCUAUCAGCAAAAGAUAAAGACUCAGACAAAAACAAUGUAAUACGUUAUCAGAUUCUCUCAGAUGCUUUCAACAGCACAGACUAUUUUCAUAUUGACAGCAGUAGUGGGCUUGUGCUCACAGCCCGCUUGCUGGAUUAUGAGCUCAUUCAACGCUACACUUUUAUUGUCAGAGCAACAGACAAUGGUUCGCCAGCACAGAGCUGCGAGGUCACAGUUACUGUGUUUUUGAAUGACACAAAUGACAACCCGCCAUCUUUCAGUAUGCCUUUCUACGAGGCGUUCGUCAGUGAGCUGGCACCCAGGGGUCACUUUGUGACCUGUGUGCAGGCAUCUGAUGCUGAUAGCUCUGAUGUAGAGAAAUUGAGGUACAGCAUACUUUCUGGAGAUGAGAGGAUGAACUUUGUCAUGGAUGCCAAGACAGGAAUUAUAUCUCUAGCCAGCCAACGCAGGCAGGGGAUGAAGUCUGGAUACAACCUCAAUGUAUCUGUUUCAGAUGGUGUGUUUACCAACACUGCACAGGUGAAUAUCCGGGUGCUUGGGGCCAACUUGUAUAGUCCAGUUUUUAGUCAGAGAUUUUAUUUGGCUGAGGUGCGAGAAAAUGCCCCUGCAGGAACAAGGGUUAUCCAGGUAAGGGCCACCGAUGAGGACUCUGGGCUUUUGGGUCAAAUUAUGUAUUCUUUCAUCAACGACCUGGGAAAGACUCAGUUUAACAUAGGCACUGAUGGAGUGAUCACGACAGCCCAGAAGCUGGACAGGGAGAACCCCGUGAAUCGGGACAUUGUUUUGACUGUCAUGGCUCUGGAUGGAGGUGGCCGAGCCUCCUUCUGUACUGUGAGAGUGAUACUUACUGAUGAAAAUGAUAAUGCUCCACGCUUCAGAGCUAUUGAAUAUAGGGUGAGUAUCAAAGCCAAUGUACCCAUGGGGUCCUUGGUGACUCAGAUCCAGGCACAAGACCCAGAUGCUGGGGACAAUGGAAGGGUAAGCUAUUCCCUGUACAGUGAGGCCCGUCUUCCACUGGUAGAUGUUCUGGAGAUUGAACCCGACAGUGGUUGGAUGGUUACCAAAGGAAGCAUGGCUCAUCUUAGGGGUACUGUUCUUUCCUUCUUUGUGAAGGCCACAGAUGGAGGCAUGCCUGCCAAACACUCUCUCGUAUCUGCAUUCAUUCAUGUCCUCCCACCAGAUGCCAGUGUUCCUACCUUCACCCAGCCUCAGUAUUCCUUCACUAUCCCAGAGGACACACCUGUUGGCACAGCCUUGGGGUCUGUGUACCUGGGACCAGGCCAGACUGCUGCUUUUGCUGUGGUAAAUGGAGAGAUGGCAGAAAGUAACCAAGGUGGGACGUUUCUGGUGGAGCGAGAGACCGGACUUCUCAGGCUCAUUAACUCCUUAGAUUAUGAACUUGUCAACAUUUUUCGUUUCAAGGUGUCGGCCACUAUGAGGCAAGAUCUGGUGGAAUCAAUGUCUGUUGUCGAUGUGGAGGUGAAAGUCCUCGAUGUUAAUGAUAACAAACCGUAUUUUGAGACAAGCUCUUAUGUAGCCAUGGUCAUGGAAGGCAUGCCUGUGGGUACACGGGUCAUACAGGUGCGUGCCCUAGACCCAGACUGGGGCUCUAAUGGACAGGUCACCUACAGCCUUGGCCCAACCCUGAACCAGGAGCAGGAUCAGACCAGUAGGUCCCUCUCUGCUUCUGGAGCCAUGUUUGCUAUUGACAGCAAAACGGGUUGGAUCACUACUCUUGGAGACCUGGACCAUGAGAUGUGCCCAUCUUACACAUUCAGUGUUGUAGCCUCAGACCUGGGCGAGGCAGUCUCAUUGUCCUCCACUGCUGUGGUAACUGUUGCUGUAGCUGACGUCAAUGAUAACCCACCCACCUUUGAAAAGGAGUAUUACAGGGGUGCUGUGAGAGAGAGCGACCCGUUGGGAGAAGUGGUGUCAGUCCUUAGCACCCGUGAUAGGGACAGUUCUGACCAGAAUCGUCUUGUAAGCUUUCACAUCACAGGGGGAAAUCCAAAGGGAACAUUUGCUCUGGCACCCGUGCAGGGAGAGUGGAAAGUAUUUGUGAAACGGCCACUUGAUCGUGAGGUGCAAGAUCGGUAUCUGCUGAACAUUACAGCCAGUGAUGGACUUUUUGUGACUAGAGUGGGCGUGGAGAUUACUGUUAUGGAUGCCAAUGAUAACAGCCCUAUCUGUAACCAGGCAUUGUAUGAGGCCUCUUUCCCUGAGGAUGUUUCCAUUAAUAAGGGUAUUUUAACUGUAGGAGCCACAGAUGUGGACAUAGGGUCUAACUCUGAGAUCCAGUACUCUUUAUAUGGCAUUGGUGUGGAAGAUUUCUAUAUGGAUGCUAACACUGGUGAGCUAAAAACAGCUUCUCUCAUGGACCGGGAGAGAACACCAAGCUAUAGACUGAUAGCUCAGGCCACAGAUGGAGGAGGACUCUUCUGUCGUUCUGAGGUCUUUUUGACUGUCCUGGAUGUGAAUGACAAUGCGCCAUCCUUUUCCUUCACCAAGUAUGUGGCCAGUGUUUAUGAGAAUGCCUCACCCAAAGCCCUCCUUACCCGGCUACAGGCCAACGACCCGGAUGAAGGUCUAAACAGAAAGGUCAUGUACUCUAUGGUGGACUCGGCUAAUGGUGUUUUCUCCAUUGAUGCGACCUCUGGGGUGGUAGUCCUCGAGAAGCCACUUGACAGAGAGGUACUGGAUUUGUACCGUGUUACGGUGCAGGCCACAGACAAGGGUGGGACCGCCGGUUCGCUUUCUACUCAGGUGGACCUCACUGUGGUGGUGCUGGAUGUGAAUGACAAUCCGCCCAUUUUCCAGAAGCAGGACUAUGCUGUCACACUGCCAGAGGACGUCGCCGUGGGAACAGAGGUUCUGCGUGUCUUUGCCACUAGUGAUGAUAUUGGAGCCAAUGCAGAAAUCUACUACAGUAUCCGCUCUGGCAAUGAGCUGGGAAAGUUCUCCAUCGAUGAGGUCACAGGUUCCAUCACCGUGGCUGAUGAUUUGGACUACGAGGUGUGUAAAGACUUUUUCCUCAAAGUCGAGGCUUGGGAUGGUGGAACCCCUCCCUUGAGUGCUGCUACCAUGGUAACCAUUGAGCUGUUAGAUGUCAACGAUAACGCGCCCACCUUCAGCGAGGACGUUUAUAAUGUGCUGAUUAGUGAGGAUGCAGGAAUUGGAGCAACUGUUACCAGGCUUUCUGCAGAAGACCUGGACAGUCAAGUGAAUGGAAGGAUAAGCUAUUCUAUUCUGAAAGGGGAUCGGAGAAACCAGUUCAUGAUUGACCCGGUCACUGGACUACUGAGAAUAAACAAAGCACUGGACAGAGAGACGGUCUCCAGCUACACUCUGACUGUGCAAGCCUUUGACAGUGGAACACCAGCCAUGUCCACCACUGUGACAAUCAAUAUUGAAAUAGCUGAUGUGAAUGAUAAUGCGCCAGUUUUUUCUCCGGCCAAUGCCUCUGCUGUCAUUCAGCUGAACAAACCUGCAGGCACGACCAUCUUGACGUUGUCUGUAAGUGAUAAGGAUUCAUCCCGUAAUGGGCCUCCUUUUGAGUUUCGCAUUGUGUCAGGGAAUGAGGACAACACAUUCAGCCUAGAUCAAAAUGGGGAACUCCGUACUAACAAAGCCUUUGGGCCAUCUUCAACACGGGAAUACACUCUUGAAAUCCAGGCCCGGGACUCAGGGAAACCUCGUUUGUCCUCCACGUCCUUUGUCUUUGUGCGUGUGAUUGGAGACAGCCUGUUCAAGCCUGUGGCCUUCCCCUUGGAGAUCAGCGUGGUCAUGGAAGGAGAUGUGUUCCCAGGUGGCGUCAUCGGCCGGAUUUACGCCUCUGACAGGGACGAGAAUGACGUGCUUUCCUUCACUCAGAGGUCCCAGCCCAAAAGCCUGUUCAAGAUCAAUCGUCAAGAUGGCAAGAUCGUGGUUUUGUCAGGGCUUGAGCCAGGCAGGUACCUGCUAAACGCCACGGUGAGCGACGGACGCUUCUCGGUUAACGUUGAGGUGAUGGUGACGGUGGAGCAAAUUACGGAGGAGAUGGUUCAGAAUGCUGUGACUCUCCGUUUCCAGGAUGUCUCUCCAGAGGAUUUUGUGGGUCUUUACCUGCAGGAGCUGAAGAGGCUUUUACGUGGAGUGCUUGGUGUGGCCAACCAAAGGCCGGAUCCUUUGCGCAUAUUGAGUGUUCAGCCGGUGAAGGACUCAUCACUUCUGGAGGUUCUUCUGGCUGUUGAGACAGUGGAGGGUGGGUUUUAUGGACCAGGGGAACUGGCUCUUAGGUUGGUGGAAGUACGGGAGCAGCUAGGAGGUGCGCUGAAGGUUGUGGAAAUUCUGGACCAGAGCUGCACUGGAAGUUUGGAAUGUGGGGAGAGAGUGUGUGACUUGACUCUCAGUCUGGACUCCAGCAGUUUGGUUGCUUACAGCACCUCGAGGGUCAGCUUUGUCUCACCACGCUUCAGCCGGACAGAGAGCUGCACUUGUCCAGGUGGAACAUGCUUGAUUCCUCUUGAGCUGUGUGAGGGACAGGCUUGCCCUGGUGACAUGCAGUGCGUCCGAACUGGCCCCACAGCGCCCUCUGUCUGCCAGUGUCUGCCUGAUCGUCUCCAGCAGUGUGCAGGUCAGACGUCUCUGAGUUUUGCCGGGAACAGUUAUAUUAAAUACAGAGUGACAGAGAGUAAUAAGAGUGGAGAUAUGAAACUGGGGCUGAAAAUCAGAACUCUGCAGAACAGAGGAGUAAUCAUGUAUACACGUGCUGAUCCCUGUACCAUGCUGAAGAUAGAGGAGGGGCGACUGUGGUUCCAGCUAGACUGCGACAACAGUCUGGACGUUCUUGGGAUCUCGGGCAGGCCAAUCAACGAUGGCCUUUGGCACGCCGUGACGCUGGAGCUCACCCAGAACUUCACGCUGCUCUCUCUGGACGACAGCUACGUGGAGCGUCGCCGUGCUGCCAGGGCCCCCGUUCACCUCUGGCCCCUGGCCGCCGACGGCUCGCUUUUUUUUGGGGCGCAGGUACGGCCCCCCGUGCCUCGGGGCUCAGCUGAUAGAGGCGGACAGGGGCCCCCACGAGCACAGGAUGGCUUCCAAGGCUGCCUGGGGGCUGUGGUGCUGAACGGGAACGACCUGCCCCUGCAGAACAAACGCAGCCGCUAUGCUGAAGUCGCCGGCCUCAAUGAGGUGAAGUUGGGCUGCAUGCUCUACCCAGACCCCUGUGCCACACAACCAUGCCUGAAUCAAGGCUCCUGUGCUAGCCUGCCCUCUGGUGCUUUUGGGUGCAGUUGUACUGCUCAGUUCACAGGGCCGCGUUGCGAGACAGAAGUCACGUCCUGUGUGCCCAGUCCUUGUCAGAACGGAGGAGACUGCAAGCCAGUUGGGAGCACUUUCCUCUGUGGCUGUCAAAAAGGCUUCACUGGUCUUAUAUGUGACGAGGACGUGAAUGAGUGUGAGAGGGAAGAGUGUGAGAACGGCGGCGUUUGCGUCAACACAUUCGGCGCGUUUUACUGCAACUGCACAACGGGAUACGAGGGUCAGUUCUGCGGACAGCGUUCCCUGGAGGUUCCGGACGACCUGGCGGAGUCCCUGUCCUACGUGGGACCGCGCGAGAUCAUCGGCAUCGGGGUUCUGUUGUUUGUCGUGUUGGUCCUUCUCACGCUUCUGGCCGCGUUCCGGAAGAAGGUCCUGAGGAAGGACUGGAGUCGGGGGGAGGCCGUCGGCAUCUCCACGGAAACCAACUACAUGCUCCACAAGACCGGCAUGGGCACAGAGGGCAUCGAGUUCAAAGCCGUCCGGGUCAGCGCCGACCAUCGCGGUGGUUUCUACGGCAACGAUGGCACGGGACCCCCGCAGGUCCUGGUACGCCCUACGGCUUACACCUUCCCCCGCUGCCAGAGCCUCCCGCAAAGCGACUCGGACAAGACGGAGACGGAAGGCCUGCUAGCUGCUCUCCCUUGCCCGCCUCAAAUGUCCACGUUCCAGGCGGGGUCGCCUCACAUCCUGGGCAUGGCCAGAAGGGGUGUGGCCAUCUGUAGCGUGGCACCACACCUGCCGAGCACGUCUCCCUGUCCCUCUGAGCGCAGCCCUGUCCGCAAAGCACCAUGGGAAGAGGAGGAGGAGGAGGAUGAGGAUGAGGAAGAUGACGAAGAAGAGGAACAAGAAGUCCGGGAUAUGGAGUGGGAAGAGAGAGGAUUCCAGACAGAAGGGGAACAGAUGGAAAGAACAGAGGCUGAGAUGAGUAAUCUAGCAGAGGAGGUCACCUGUUUCUCUGAUAGCAACUCGGAGGCUCGUUCUCUCAGAUCUGUCCAGUCAGAUUCCUGUGAUGACAACGCUUCAAUUGUCACAGUCAUACGUCUGGUCAAAGAUACCAUGGACAGCAUUGAAAAUGAAGUUGCAGUGCUGGAUGAUGGACAGCCCUACAAUAGCAAUUCAUAUCAUUGGGAAACCACAGAGUGGGUACCUAACCCCUCCCUGCCUGCCCUGGAGUUCACCCCCUCGCCCCAGACCAGAGCAAUCUCCCCUGCCCAGCUGGGUGACAGUUCGCGAAACAUACAAGCCGACCGCCCCCUGAGGAGCUUUGAGAGUCAGAGACAUCUUCCCAUGUGCUCCUCGCCUGUUUACGAGGACUUUCGCGACCAGGAACGUUUUGACAACAGGUUAUCCGUACGACAGCCUUACGAGGUCCACAGACAGGGGAGAGUGAGCCCCUAUCGCUGCUGCUCCACUCAACAGCUCCCGACUCACUCCCCGAUCCGCGCCUGGCAGGAGAGGCCCCGCGUCUGGGAGGACAUCCACACUUUUAGGUCCGGGAGCCAACGGGAGAUGGGGAGACUGACGGACAGACUGUCCCUGAGAGAAAGAAGGUCUCGCUGCAGUCCCAGGAGAUCAGUGUCUGGGGCACUUGGGAAAUUUGACAACCAGUAG